AUGGGGCUCCUCGAAGAGGUCGCAGGGCCGUUGUCCCAACAGUUCAGCAAGCUGGGCACGGCGUCUCAGGUCGGCGUCAUUGCGGCCACCGUCAUCGUUCUCUCUAUUAUUCUCAAUGUCUUGAGCCAGCUGAUGUUCAAGAACCCUAAUGAGCCUCCUCUCGUCUUCCACUGGCUGCCCUUGAUCGGCAGCACCGUCACCUACGGCAUGGACCCCCCACGGUUCUUCAAGGAGAAUAGCAAGAAGCAUGGCGAUGUUUUCACCUUCAUCCUCCUCGGCAAGAAGACCACCGUAUACGUCGGCCCCCAGGGCAACGAGUUUAUCCUGAACGGCAAGCAGAAGGACGUCAAUGCGGAGGAGAUCUACAACAAUUUGACCGGUCCUGUCUUUGGCAAGGACGUCGUCUACGACUGUCCCAAUGCCAAGCUCAUGGAGCAAAAGAGGCUCAUCAAGAAUGUCCUUACGACCGAGGCCUUCAGGAGCUACGUUCCUCUGAUCACCAACGAGAUCUUGACCUACUUCAAGCGAAACCCCGAUUUCCAGGCCCAGUCCGGCACCGUCAACAUUCCACCCAAGAUGGCCCAGCUCACCAUCUUCACUGCUUCCCACGCCCUUCAGGGCAAGGCCGUCCGCGACCAGUUCGACGAGUCCCUGGCUGACCUUUACCACGACUUGGACAUGGGCUUCAGCCCCGUGAACUUCAUGCUGCACUGGGCUCCCCUGCCUCACAAUUCGAGGCGCGAUCAUGCCCAGAGGACCGUUGCCAAGAUCUACAUGGACACAAUUAAGGCCCGACGACAGAGCGGCGAGGAGGGCGCCGACGACAUCAUGUACCAUCUUAUGAACUCGUCUUACAAGGACGGCACCCCUGUUCCUGACCACGAGAUCGCCCACAUGAUGAUUGCCCUGUUGAUGGCCGGCCAGCACUCCUCGUCCUCUACCAGCUCUUGGAUCAUGUGCCGCCUCGCCUCCCGACCUGAUAUCAUGGAAGACCUCUACGAGGAGCAGAUUCGCGUGCUUGGUUCCAUCGACAAGCCCCUGGAGUACGAGGACCUCGCCAAGCUGACCCUCAACGCCAACAUCAUCAGGGAGACGCUGAGAAUGCACGCACCCAUCCACUCCAUCAUGCGAAAGGUCAAGUCGCCGAUGCCUGUCCCCGGAACCAAGUUUGUCAUCCCUACCAGCCACACUCUGCUGGCCGCACCGGGUGUCUCGGGCAACGAUGAGGCGUACUUCCCCGAGCCCGCUCUGUGGGAGCCCCACCGAUGGGAGAAGGGCCAUCCCCUUGCACCAGCCCAGUCCUUGAAGACUGAUGACGACGAGGAGAAGGUCGACUAUGGUUAUGGUCUGAUCAGCAAGGGUGCCUCGUCCCCUUACCUACCCUUUGGCGCUGGCAGACACCGAUGCAUCGGUGAGCAGUUUGCGUAUCUGCAGCUGCAGACCAUCGUGGCCAACAUCACGCGGUUGUUCAAGUUCAAGAACGUGGACGGAUCGACUGGCAAGACCGUGGGCACCGACUAUGCCUCGCUCUUUUCGCGGCCCCUGGAGCCGGCCCCCAUCUACUGGGAGAAGCGUUAA